AUGGCCAACCUGCUGCGCAGAUAUGUUGCCCCGGCAGAGACUGCUCGUCACGUCGCGACGAUCCUGGGAUUUCCUUCAAAGAUCUCAAUCGCUGCAAACUACUAUGAGGACGCGUGCAAGGAGAUCGCCAGUCUAGCCUCUGCGAUCUCUGCCUUUGAGCCAGUGCGUCUGUACACACGUCCAGAAGAUGUUUCGAGAGCACGAGACUUGGUUAGCAAAAGUAUCCCCAUUUUCAACGGCACAGAUUCAAACAUCAAUAUCAUUCCGUUCAGCACAAAUCAUUUGUGGGUCCGCGACACCGGUCCCGUCUAUGUCUAUGGAACUGGCGCGCAUGCCAAAGAUCGCUUUGCUGUUAACUUUCGGUUCAGUGAAUGGGGCAAGAAGGACGACAUCGGCGAUCAUUACCGAGCUACAGAUGGGCUAGACUGGCCCGUGAUGGGACCUGAGCAAGUCAGAGAGAAUGCGACCUUUGCUCAACAAGUCAUCGGCAAUGACACCUCUCCAGCCCCAGUAGUUCAGGUCGAGUCCAAGAUUUGCUUGGAAGGUGGCGCAUUAGUUCUGGAUGGUGAUGGCACGCUCCUCGCGACGGAGAGCAGCAUCUUGAACGAGAACCGCAACCCGGGCCUCUCUCGUGCUGAGAUCGAAGAGGAACUGCAACGUCUGUUGGGCGUGGAGAAGAUCAUCUGGUUCCCCGGCAGGCGAGAUCUUGAUGUCACAGAUGUCCAUGCAGACGCCGAGCUGAACUUUGUUCGACCGGGUGUGGUAGUCCUCUCCAAGCCACAUCCCAGUGUACCGCAGCCUUGGCAGGAUGUGCACAACGAGAUCCGAGAUAUUUUGGACCGGGAGGUCGAUGCAAAGGGGCGUCGAUUUGAGGUACAUAUCGUGGAGGAGCCGGAUCCCACUAUAUUUGGAGACUUAUCUUAUCCUGAUCCUGCAACGAAUUAUGUCAACUUCUACUUUGUCAAUGGCGGUCUCAUUCUCCCUCAAUUUGGGGAUCCAGUUAAAGAUGCAGAGGCUGUUUCCACGUUACAGAAGCUGUGCCCUGAACAUAAGGUCACACAGGUACCCGUCCGUGGCCUCCCGUUGGCUGGCGGUGUUAUACACUGCUCGACCCAGCCUGUCGUUGCGGUCGGCGAGCAGUGA